AUGGCCGCAGCUGUCGCAUCUCUAUUCGGUUACAAAGACAAACCUACCUUCGAUGAGAAGGUAUCUCCCGUUGUCAGAGAGCCACCAAAGGCUCUUCCUGCCUCAUGGUAUCGCUCUGAGGAAAUGUACGAACUGGAACGCCGUGCGAUCUUCUCAAAGAAAUGGAUCUUGAUCACCCAUAAAUUGCGCUUCGAUAAACCCGGAGACUUUCUUCGAUUCCAUGAAGCUGGAUUCUCGUUCUUCCUCUGCAAGGAUCGCCAAGGUAGCAUAAAUGGGUUCCACAAUAUCUGCCGUCAUCGUGCUUUCCCUCUUGUUCAGGAGGAUGAAGGCAAUGUCAAAAUCCUGUCCUGCAAGUAUCAUGGGUGGUCAUACGGCUUGAACGGAAAACUGGCCAAAGCCCCACGAUUCGACGAUGUUGAAGGCUUCCAAAAAGAGAACCAGGGUCUCCUGCCUGUCCACGUCCAUAUCGAUGAGCUUGGAUUUGUUUGGGUGAAUCUCGACUCAUCUCCUACGCCAAUUCCCUGGGAAGAAGAUUUCAAGGGAGUCGACACACAGGAGCGGUUUUCGAAAUUCGAUUUCAGCAACUACAAAUUCGACCAUACUUGGCAGAUGGACGGCGAUUAUAAUUGGAAGACGCUUGCCGAUAACUAUAACGAAUGCUACCACUGCACGGUUGCCCAUCCGGAUGUGGCCAACUUGGCCGACUUGUCAUAUUAUUAUACGAUCUCGAAACCCGGACACAUUCAACAUUUCUCUCGACCAAGGGAGGACAGAAUUGAAGAGGAUAUUCAAAAUGCCAGCACUUAUUAUUUCCCAAAUGCUUGCAUGACAGUCUCGUGA